AUGAAGAUCAGUCUGGUGUGUCUUGUGUUGGCCCUGGUUGGGGCAGCGGUCGCCGAGAAGGCCCGCUACGACAACUACCGCCUUUACCAGGUCCGUAUCGCAACCGAAAGCCAGCUGCAGCUGCUGCAGGCGAUCGAACAGUACCCCGAUGGUUACCGAUUCUGGAGUGAACCGGUGAAGGUUGGAACCGAGGUGCUGCUGGUUGUGCCACCGCACCAACGGGGACACUUUGCCGAGCUCCGGGCUAAGCAUGGUCUACGGGUGAGGCUGCAAAGCGAGAACCUGCAGCAGCUGUUCGACGAUGAAGCACGCCGUGGUGUGCGCAAGGAUACGUUCGGUUGGACGGCUUAUUACCGCACGGAUGAGAUCAACAACUGGCUCGAUGGUCUGGUGGCGUCCUAUCCGGGUGUCGUGACUCCGCUGAACGUCGGUAACUCCUACGAGGGACGUCCCAUCAAGGGUGUUAAGGUGUCGUACAAGGCGGGCAACAAGGCCGUCUUCCUGGAGGGUUUGAUUCAUGCACGCGAGUGGGUCAGCGGUGCGACCGUUACCUGGGUACUGAACGAGCUGCUCACCUCCAGUGACCCGAAGGUGCGUCAAAUUGCGGAGAACUUCGAUUGGUAUGUGUUCCCGGUGACCAAUCCGGAUGGUUAUGAGUAUACCCAUACCACCGACCGUCAGUGGCGCAAAACUCGAUCGGUUGCGAGCAGUCUGUGCCGUGGAGCGGAUCCAAACCGUAACUGGGGAUACAACUUUAUGCAGGGAGGUGCAUCGAGCGUACCCUGCUCGGAUACCUUUGCCGGAGCGAGUGCGUUCUCUGAGGUCGAGACGCGCCAGCUGUCCGAUUACAUUGCCACGCUGGACAACAUGAGCACGUACCUGGCGUUCCAUGCCUACUCGCAGCUGCUGCUCAUCCCCUAUGGACACACGACAGCCCGUCUCGAUAACUACGAUGAAACGAUGGCGAUUGGUACGAAGGCAAUCAACAAGCUUAGCGAACGCUUCGGAACGACAUACAGAAUUGGAAACAUUGCGGAAGCGAUUUAUGUCGCAUCGGGAGGUAGUAUCGAUUGGGUAAAGGGUGUCCUACGUACUCCCUUGGUCUACGCGUAUGAGCUGCGCGAUUUGGGACGAUUCGGAUUCGUACUGCCGCCGGACCAGAUUAUCCCGACCGCACAGGAGACGCUCGAUUCCAUCAUCGUCAUCCUGGAGGAGGGUGCCGUCUAUGGAUAUCAUUGA